CUUCACAUUGAAUUCAACUCCAACAUCAUCUUUUCACUCUUCUCAUUUUCUGUCACAGAACGCCGGAAAUCUUGCUCGCAAUUAAUACAAAGUAAAAAUGGAUUCAAAUUCAACCCCACAUUCACAUCGCUCAAACCCAAGAUCUCACGCCAAAUCACCUUCUCGUCUAGCAAGAAUCAGCUACUCUGUUGUUGAGUCCGAGGAGCAAGAAAGACCCACAAUCCCAAAUCUCUCUUUGGACCACAUUUCUCCGUCCCUCAAGAAAACAACUACUCCAGCUUCACCAUCCCCUCUUUCUCUCAGAUCAUCUAUCAACUCUCUGCCUCUCCAAGAACUUUUGCUCCUCUCUUCUGCCUCUCCUCUGCGAAGAUCAAGAACCCGACUCGCCGAUAGGAUUGAAAUGGCAGAGGAAGGUGGUUCUCGUAGGAGAUGCAAAAGCAGGACUGCCCAGAUGGGUCUUUUGGGAUGUGGGUCCCCUAGGAACAAUAGAAGGUCAAGGAGGAGAAUGGAGAUGGAGUCAAGAGAAGAUAGGGAUUUGGUUUUGGGGGAGGAGAUAGGGAAACCAAGAAAAAGGCGGCAUUGUGGGAAAUCAAAGAAGGAGAAACUCAGUUUGGUCCCUUGUCUUCCUUCUUCAAGUUUCUCUCCAACUGAUGAUUGCAAAAAAAGUAAUAUUGAUCAAAUGGGGGAGAUGAUUAGUCAUUUGGUUAUGUGGAGGGAUGUUGCAAAAUCAAGUCUGUGGUUUGGAUUCGGAUGUUUAUGUUUCUUGUCUUCUUGCUUUACCAAAGGAGUUACUUUCAGCAUUUUUUCCGUGUUAUCUCAAAUCGGUCUUCUAUUUUUGGUCGUUUCCUUCUUCUCCAACUCAAUCUGUCAUAAUGUUGAGAAAAGGAAGGAGCUCAAGCUUAGAGAAGAAGAUAUUCUGAGACUAGCUAAACUGAUACUUCCAGCAACAAAUCUUGCAAUUUCAAAGAUGAGAGAGCUGUUCUCUGGGGAACCAUCUAUGACCCUGAAGGUAACUCCAUUGCUCCUCCUUGGAGCUGAGUAUGGCCACAUUAUAACCCUGCGGAGGCUCUGUGCGUUUGGAUUUUUCAUUAGUUUCUCCAUGCCAAAACUGUACUCGUGCUACUCUAGUCAGAUAAUACAGAAAGCUGAGUACAUGAAACAAUGGGCUAUUGAAGCUUGGGGAGCUUGCUCUCAUAAAAAGGUUGUGGCAGCUUCAGCAGCCACAGCCUUUUGGAAUCUCUCUAGUGUAAAAAUGCGUAUCUUCACUGCAUUCAUAUCUCUGGUUAUAAUCAGGUAUUGCCGGCAACAUAUUGUGCAGAAGUCAGGUGAAGGGCAGACGGAAGAAAUGGAACGAGAGCAGCCAGAGCAGGCUUUGGUGGUAGCAGGAGAGAAAUCACAGAAAAACUAAUUUUGCUUCUGUACUCGUAUUAAAAUUUUCAAACAAAUAAGGUAGUCUAUGUAAAACUAAUAUGAACUUUUUGCCAGCGAUCCCUCAAAAAUAUUAUUAGAUUCAUCUCCUCGGGAGUGUUGAGGUAGAUUCAAUGUCUUGAGUUUGCAUAAUAUGGUUGAUGCAAAUUAAAGAUUGGCCUUAUAAAAGGGAUUUGACAAUUUUAUUAUCAGAAACUAUAUUUCGGGUGAUAAUUUUCGUCUAAAGAAUCAAAGAACAAGAAGGAACA